GAUAACACUUUAGUCUCUUAUGCUGAUCCUAGGUUAAUUGAAACAAGGAAUGUUUAUCCAAUUAAACAAGAAUACGCAGUGACUAGUCAAACUCCUAUGGCAGCCACUGCUUCCACAUUCCAUCCAUUAUAUCAAACCUAAUGUCUCCUCCCCACGGAAUAAUUACAAAAGAACAAUUUCAACAAGCCCAGUGCAUAGAACUACUGUACUAUCAAUGCCUCAUAAAGCUACAGUGAGUGUAAACGAAAAUCCUAUUGUUAAGAUCACAACAGAGAAACAGGUCUAUUAUCCAUCUACAGAGAAAGAGACUGAAGAACAUUACGAGGUAAAAGAGAAGGAAGGAACCCCAGUCUAUCCAGCUUAUAAGACUGCCUACGAUCAUAGAUUUGAGGGUAAUAUGGGAAAAUUAAAUAACACAUCUCAAGAUUUUGACUGUAACCACUACGAAGCUGACAAGAAGUAUACAACAAGGUAUAGAUACCAGACUCCUACCAGAGAGUCAAGAUACACAACAACUUAUAUACCAACUUACCAAGCUACAACUCCUAUUUACACAUCUCCUGUUUAUACCAUCAACAAGAGAUACGAUCCUUUCCCUAGAUACUACUAUGACGUAUAACUCGUUCUCUUGUCUCCAUAUCUAUCACUAUUAUCCUAA